AUGUUUACAAUAAAAAAGAUCAGAAAAAUUCCUGCGGGCGCCCAUGACGAAUCGCUGCUCACGGCAAGCAUGGCGAUAAUGAGGUGUCAGAUCCUCUCCGACGACUACCGUAAGAUCGUUCGCCUAUUCCGAAAGGAAGAAGUGCCCCAUCACACUUUUCCUUUCCCUUCGGAACGGAACAUCCAUGCGGUGGUUCGAGGAGUUCCCGUCAACUUUUCGGAUACUGAGAUUAAUGGAGAACUGGAGCAGAGAGGAUAUAGCCCUCUUCACAUCAUUCGAUUGAAGCGCAGCGGCGGCGCGCCCAUGCCUUUGGUGGUCGUGAUACUGCCCAAGACUGAUAAGUCUCAGCAAGUGUUCAACGAACACGAACUGCUGGGACUGGCCAUUCGAGUUGAGAUUCAGAAGAACUCCAGACUCAUUGGGCAGUGUCACCGCUGCCCAAAGUAUGGGCAUGCGCAGUCAUAUUGCACUGCACCGCCCAAAUGCUUAAAAUGUGCAAAGGAUCAGAUGACGCAUUUGUGCCCCCUCACAGAAGAGGAAGAACGCAAGACUGGAAAGAGCAGAGAUGAAGAGAUUGCAGAGAAAAUUAAUAAUACACAAAAGUUGAGGAUAAAAAGUACAGACAAAUCAAACUCUCAUGUGUUGAAGAGCAUUGAUCCAGCGAAGUCAAAUAUCUGUGUGCACUCUGUGAAGAGGGUGAAUAAUGGUGUCAUUCUUAGCUGCGAAAAUGAAGCAUCAUUGUCCAAGCUGAAGGCGAGUAUACAGGAAGAACUCGGUAGGAACUUCACUGUCAAUGACAUCAAGAAGUAUCGCCCUCGCAUGGUGAUAAAUAAUGUAGAACGCGCCUACACAAAGUCUGAGGGAUUCAUCGAGAGGAUCUUGUCCCAGAAUGAAUAUGGUAUUUUCAGUAGUGAUGAUAUAAAAGCUGUAGCCACUUUCACAUGUUCCGAAUCUACUUUAAAUGUUGUCAUUGAGGUGGUGGAAGAAACUCGUUGUCUAGUAAUCUAA